UCUGUGUUGAUAGCGUAGCUUGUUGCUAGCUCCCGUUCUUUAGCUUAGCAGACAGCCAUGCACGCGUCUCUUCUACCAGGCGAGGAGAGAAAUGAGACGUCCUUUCCUCCCAAGCGUCGCGUGAAGGACCCGUCUGCUUCACACUGACUCCGGAUCAGCUGAUCAGCUGUCAGUCGGUUUUAACAGCUGGAGAGACGCGAUCAAUGUAACGGAAAAAAAUUAAGGUCCUAGUUGAGGGUCCAGCGUGUCCAGCGUGUCCCGCAUUACCUUUUGAACAGGUGCUCGGCACUUGUUUUCCCUAAGAGAGAUUGGAAAGGCUGAUUUCCAUAACAAUCAAUAGUUUGAAUGGAUCUUUACACCAGGAAACAACUCAUUGAUCGCGUCUCUCCAGCUGCGGAGGAGCUGGGUGUAAACUACGGUUUGCAUGUUUCAUUUACACACUGUAUGAAGAGUAAACUGGUCUCAAAUCGACUUGACAUCAGAUAACGAAGUAUGACAUACAUAUCAGACUGACAACAAGAGCGUUUUGUCAAGUAUUUAUUGAAGUUAGUAUAUUGAACAGGCAUCAACAGAGCCACCUACGUUGUCCUUCACUCUCGUCCUCGGCGUACCAACCACAGCCUCCCGAACAGGUCGUGCAUUUUACAGCAAAGUCAUCCGUGUUUAGUCUUUAAAAACAUCCCAUAAAAAGAACGUGACAGAGAGGCUAAGCGAUGGAAAUGUGUAUUUCCUAGUGAGUCGACGUGGGUCCUGACGACGCCAUUCCUAUGACGCGCAUGCAAACAAAACCAGUUAAUCUCGCACACCGGCGCAUGCGCGCUUCGCCGCUCUUGACUAUAACGAACACAACCAUCCUGUGACAACUUUUUAGAGUAUUUAUUUAAUGGACGUUUUGCACACGCCGCCCCCCCACCGACACCCGGAGUAAACCGACGACUAUCGAGGUGUUUGACGGAGGUCUGAACACCGGAGUCCGGUUUGGAAAUAAGUGAUUUAAAGGGAGAUAAUGGUCGCUGGAGGACUCUCAUAACGCUAUAGUGAACCAAAACACACACACACACACACACACACACACACAGGGAAGAAACCAUGUGGUGGUUCCAGCAGGGUCUGAGCUUCCUGCCUGCAGCGCUGGUCGUCUGGACUGCGGCGUCCUUUGUCUUCGCUUACAUCACAGCGGUGGUGCUGAGACACGUGGAUCCUCUGGUGCCUUACAUCAGCGACACAGGAACGAUGGCACCAGAGAGGUGUCUGUUCGGCAUUAUGCUGGAUGUCUCCGCCUUUUUAGGUAUGGCCACAGUGUACGUGCGUUACAAACAGGUGGAGGCUCUGACGGGUGAAGCCGAGCUCAAGCUGAACCGACUGAACCGCCUCGGGCUGCUGCUCGGCUUGAUCAGCUCCUUCGGGAUGGCCGUGGUCGCCAACUUCCAGAAGACCACGCUGUUCUCCAUGCACCUGGUGGGGGCGGUGCUGACCUUCGGGGUGGGGGCGCUCUACAUCCUGGUCCAGACGCUGCUCUCACUCCGCAUGCAGCCCCACAUCCACAGCAGGACCACCUACCUGGUCCGGCUCGGCGUCGGACUCUGGACUCUGAGCAGCAUCAUCAUCAUGUUCGUCUCGUCCGUCAUCAUGUACAGCAGUCUGCCGGGAGUGGACGUAGCUCGCAAGCUGCACUGGACUCCUGGAGAGACGGGUUACACGGCUCACAUCAUCAGCACCGUGUCUGAAUGGUCUCUGGCCUUCUCCUUCAUCAGCUUCUUCCUCAGCUACAUCAGAGAUUUUCAGAAAAUAACGCUGCGAGCCGAAGUCGAUUUGCAGAGCAGCCACCUGUACGACACCUGGCCACACGGCGGCGCCGCGGCGUCGCACCUCAAACGCGACGCCUCCGAGUCGUCUCCGCUGCUGGCCGGAGGAACGUGACCGGCUGCUUUUCACUUCCUCUCAUCAAAAAAUAAAGACUCUUAAAGCCGGCGGCUCGUAAAGGGUCAGCUCAUCCAAAAAACACAUCCGCCCUUCAUCGGAGAGACUUCUGCCUCCACCACAAAACUAUUUACUAAUAAAUGAUUUACUAAUAAAAUGUCGUUUUUUUUCUAUUUAGUUUAAACAUUACAAACCUGGACAAAUAAAUUGAAAACUAUCAUGAGGGCUGCUGGAAUGAGGCCGCCUUCAUUGAACUGUAAGAGCAAAUCUGUUUGUACGGCAUUCAGGACGGUUCAAUAUCUUCACUAGUUAUCAGUCUGUUUUCUGCAUACAUAUGAACUUUUCUGCACUACGUUUUUAGUAAAUACAACAGAAGCUUACAGAAUCCAGCACACAUGCACUUUUCUAGUAAACAUUGUUGUUUUAUUGUGCAUUGUUUA